AAGAUUAUGUACGUAAUAUAAAACCAGAUAGUAAGGCAAAUCCAAUAAACCAAAAAAGGAUCGAGAAGCAUAGAACUGGUCAGCAGGUUGGACUUUCCAAAUUAUGUGACCAAAGACCAGUCACACCUCUCCAUUCCAUUACUACCACAUCAGUUUUCCUCGUUCUUCAGUCAAAAAGUCAAACUCUGUCUCUCUCACACAAUCCUCUUUAUAUUCCCUUCUUCAAAUAUAUUUACAAGCCAUGCACAAUGAACAUACAUGCCCUUUCAUAACAUAUAACAUUUCAUAAUAUUUUGUACCGCGUUUAAUCCAUAUUUUUCACUCUUUUGACGUAAUGGAGAGGAAUAGUAAUGGUAGAGAGUGGGAGAAGAUGAAGAAAGAGCUCAACGAGCUGAUGACAGAAGGUAGAGACUAUGCUCACCAGCUCAAGUCUCAGCUUGGCUCUACUUCAUCUCAAGAAUCACGUGAACAUUUGGCCAAGAAGAUUCUUGAAUCUUACCACAAGUCUCUCACCAUUAUGAAUUACUCCGGCGAACUCGAGCAAGUCUCCCCGCAUUCCCACGGUGGAGGAAGUCCCAAGAGCGAUGAUUCAGAUCAUCAAGAACCACACAUCAUCCAGAGUUCGAAGAAGUCAAUGCCAAGGUGGACCCAAAAAGUUAGAAUUGCCCCUGGGGUUGUGAUUGAGAGAGCGCUUGACGAUGGUUUUAGCUGGAGAAAGUACGGCCAGAAGGAUAUCCUCGGAGCCAAGUUUCCCAGGGGAUACCAUAGAUGCACGUACAGAAAAUCUCAAGGAUGUGAAGCCACCAAACAAGUCCAGAGAUCCAACGAAGAUCCGGUGCUCUUUGAGAUUAUUUACCGAGGAAUACAUUCUUGCUCCCAAGCCUCAGCUGUUGGUUCAACCAUUCCGGUACAAGUUCUUGAACCAAACCAGGCACACGAACAAGAAAAUCUCGAGAUCAUGACGACAAGUCUAGACACUAGUCAUCACAACUACAAUCAUCAAGCACAUUUGCAUCAAAGUCUUCACUAUCCUCUGCCCUCUACCCAAAACCUAGAGAGUAACAAUGUGUUGCUUCAACAGAAGGAUCACAACAUUGGUUUUCUUGGAUCUACGAGUUAUAGUGAUCUAGGAACAAAUGUCAACUACCAUUUUCUAGCUCCUCAUGAUGCUGGCUCUGCUUCUCACUCUACAAUAAACUCUCUGACCACCGCUGGUUUGGAAUCUCCAUUUGAAAGCUUUAGUCCAAAUCAUCCAUUUGGAGGUUUUGGAGGGUUCUAUUCUUAAUUCAUCACUAAGAGAUGGAAUAAAAUUUACGUAAUAUUUUCAGUAAAGAGAUGAAUAUUUAUUCAUAAUAGCUAAUCAAUAUCCAAUUCAGUAA